AUCCUCCCUGCGCUGUGUGUAAUACUCCAGCUGGAUGUUCAUCUUGUCUGCUUUCCAGGGAAGGACGCCUCCAGGGCUUUUGUGACCGGAGAUUUCACCAGCGCUGGCCUGGUGGAUGAUGUUUCUGGAUUAUCGCCCUCAGAACUGUUGACUGUACAACACUGGCUUUCUUUCUACAGCAAGAACUACCUUUUUGUGGGUAAACUGGUAGGAAGAUUUUAUGAUGAAAAUGGGGCACCUACAGAAGCUCUGGAACAGGCUAAUGCUGUCAUCGAAGAAGGGCUGAAACUCAAGGGACAAAACAAUAAGUUCCCACUCUGUAACUCUGAAUGGAGUUUAGCUAGUGGCAGCAGAUUCUGGUGCUCUAAACAAAGUGGGGGAGUGAAGAGAGACUGGAUUGGAGUACCCAGGAAACUGUACAAGCCUGGUUCCAGUGAUAGUCACUGUGUGUGUGUGAGAACUACUGGGCCUCCCUCUGGACAACUGGAUUCUACUGAGCACAGUGACAGAGGUGACUUGGACAAUCCUAACCUACAGGAAUACAAGGGAUGCCAUCCACUGGCUGACUGGUGUGUGUUAAAGGAUUGAGUCAAUAACCAUAUUGGUUUUGAGAGAUGCAUUUUUUGAGCUUCACUGUGGAUUCUCUGGUAUUGAGUCAGAAACAGGAAUCCGUUUGUAUAAUUAUGCCUCAGUAAAUUUAAACACCAUGCUGAAGUGCCAGGAAAAGCAGUGGAUGCGUGAGAAAUGGAAGGAGCAUGGUAAGGAAAGUGAUGUUAGAGCGGAAAAUCUUUCUACAACUUGGUGGAUUGGCACUUAAUUCUGGCAAGAAAAAAGGAUUUUUCUUCUGCAAUCAAGAAAUAGACAUGUGUGGGGAAUGGUGCCGGCGCGUGUAAUAUUUCAUGCGAAGGGAGCUCUGAGCUAGUACACCACUGUAGAACCAUUUUCACUUACUGAAGCACAUAAUAGCCUCCCUCUCUUCACUCCCAUCACAGCAUUGCUCUCAUUGUCACGCUAGUCUGCACACACCACCCACUGAGCCACCAACUCACUGAGAAAUGACUUAGUAACUGAAGCUUUUCUCCCCUGCUACAGUUAUGUCAUCUGGUAUCUCGUAUGGUUUGACUAUCCAAAAGCUACAUUUGUCAAAUGAACACAGGACACUAGGUGAUGCAAUAUCUGUUUCCUCAACUAGUGUUUGUACUAUUCUUUGACUACAGGAAAUACUGAGGCUUUUUGCGCAAGACGACUUUUGCGGAACAGUUAUUGCACAAAAACGUGUCCAGACCUCAGAGCUCAUUGCAAAAGCGAUGUGCUUCUGCAUGAGAGCCCGUCCACAUUGCAUGGAUGCUCUUGCGCAAGAAAGCUCUGAUGUCCAUUCACAGAAUGGCCAUCAGAGCACCUGUGCUUUUUCCCCCUGAUAGGAGUUUCUUGCCAAAAACCCUUCCAGACUGUCCAUACCUGCCUUUUUGCACAAGAGCUGUAGCGCAAAAAGGAGUUACUCCUCACGGAGAUACUAAGAACUCUAUGGGCAAAAGCCCUCAUGUCAAUUUUCUUGUGCAAAAAUGUGCUUGUGGUGUGGCUGCUCUGCUGGUUUUUGUGCAAAAAUCUUGUAAUGUAGACAUAGCCUAAGGGUGCAUCUAAGUCCUUGUCUCCUAUCGACUCUCUCCAAAUACCCAGAUGUCUCACUACUUCCGUAGUAUUUAUAAGCCAUGAGUCACCUGUUCUAAUUGAACGAUGAAAGUGGCUGAUAUAACUGAUUGUACUGCUAUAAUCCAGCAGUCUCUCCUCCCUUCCUGUUAUUGACUACCUCUACUUGUUGAAUUCUUUAAUUAAAUUGUAAAAACUUUAGGGCAGGAAUCAGGUCUUUGGAAAGGCCCAGCCUCUAACUUGCAAAAUUCAAUAGUGACCCUAACUUCUGUCACCAGCUUCUGGAUCAUGACCUGUUUUCAUUCCCUGUGGGGCACCUGCCAUUUGCUGCUAUCAGAAGACAGGAUGCUGAACUAGAUGGACUUUUUGGGCUGAUCUAGUAUGGCUGUUGCAUUAGUCUUUAGGCAAUAUGCAACGUAAGCUAGUACUGUUCUUCUGUGCAUGGCUACUUUGUACAAGCAAUCAGUGUAUACUGCCCACGUGCAGAAGCAGGGCUCCUCUUUAGAAGGCAUGUCCUAUUGUUUUGUUGGUAAAACUACUGCCAGCUACAAUUUCAACAGCCACUGUUUCCUAUGAGCAUGCUUGGCAACAUGGGAGCUGUUUUCAAGAGAACCAGUCUAGUUUCUUAAAGCAAGCAGCAUUAGUUUCCAAAGUGCAGUAACAGGCCAGCAGGAGAAAGGGUAAAAGGACCUAUACUGUCAGGCUUUCCUUAUGAAGCUUCGGUCUAAAAAGUAUGUUACAUUGUUUUACAAGAGAGGAGAAAACUUCCUGAAUGCCUGUCUUAUCGAGUUCUCUCUCUCUCCUCCCCUCCAAAAUUCUUAACUAGUGCAAGUCAUUACACGAUGGGAGUCACAAGAAGGCAAAGCAGUAUUCAAAAAUACAUAAGUGACAAGGUACAUCCCCAACACUUUUAAAGUUAGCACACUAAGUUCGCUGUAGACUGUUUUUUUAAGUGUUUGUACCACAACACAGGGAUGGUUUAGAAGUUAUUUAUUAAAGUUCUUCUAGUUGUGUUGCUUCUGUUCAAGUUUUUUGGUUCUUCCCUCUUGAGUACUAAGCUUGUACUAGGACACUUUCUCAAAUGUGGCCACAGCACUCAUGGGAAGAGAGAAGAGAGCAAAGCAUUACCUCCUCCCCCUUGCUGCUGGAUGUGCUGCCCCGCACUAGGGACAUUAAAUAUCGUUUAAUUGAAUAGUCCAGUAACCUCAUGAAUUCUUAUUGGUUAGUCGACUGUUCUAUAGUCCGCAGGGG